AUAGUGUUUUGGGCGAUUUCCUGGGCGCAUGUUGCUGUUGUUCAAAGGUUGCAAGUGGAGUGGAGGUGAGCAGUGGUGCGAGGGGGAAAAAUCUAACCUCACAGUCAAGUAAAUUCACUGAGUACAGUCUCCCUGGCUGCAUGAGUUGGUGACUUCAGAGGCCAGCUGUUAGUCGCACUAAAGCGGAGGAACACAGCAUUCGAAAUGAAUAUACAGCCGAGGUACCGUGUAAUGUACAUCUUUCUCUGUACGUCCACCUUGUACUUAAUUUGGUUUGUAACACAGCGUGGGGACAUGAAGGCCCAUGUCCUUGAUAUUAGGGGUGUACCACUGGAGUCCACAGAUGCGCAAAAUCUAACACCGACUGGUUUGGGACGUACAUCCGACACGGAUAUGUUUAAGCAUGCACUGGUGGCAGGAAAAAGGAGACCGACCCGAGGUUUUCUGACGCUGGGUAUACCCACUGUAAAAAGACCAAAGGAUGCCUCUUACCUCAAAGCUACCAUAGAGGAUUUACUGAGAAACGCCAACGAAGAGGAGAAAAGAGAACUGACUCUGGUGAUAUUUCUGGCGGAUUUUGACAAGGCAGCCAGGGAUGAAAUAAAGGCGGAUAUUAUUAAUAAAUUUAACAGUCACAUUGAAGAUGGCCUUAUACAAGUCAUAGAGGCUCCGCGCAUGUUUUACCCUUCCCUUGAUAACCUCCCGAAGACUGCUUAUAAACACUCACCGACAAAGGUUCGCUGGAUAUCGAAACAAAACUACGAUUAUGCCUUUCUGAUGCUAUAUUCGAAGGAUUUGUCAGAGUACUAUCUGCAAUUGGAAGACGAUUUGUCUACGAUUCCUAAUUACAUAACAGAGAUUCGAAAAUUUAUUCAGCGAUAUCAAAAAAGCCAAUGGACAUGCCUGGAGUUCUCAGCUCUUGGAUUCAUAGCUAAGCUCUAUCGAUCGCGAGAUUUAUAUAAACUUGCAAAGAUGAUGAUGUUAUUUUUCUACGAGCAGCCAAAUGAUGUAACCUAUUUAAUUUUCAACCAACUGAUGCAGCAACCUCACCGGAUAGUCCGAAAACCUACCAUAUUUAAACACAUGGGUUUGCAUUCAUCGCUUCCGGAGAAACUCGAGCAACGAGUGGAUCCCCUGUUCUUACAAGACAACAAUGGGAACAGAACAAACAAAGUCAAAACGGUUCUUAAUCCACCUGCUAAAGUGUCAACUAAUCUUAGAAUAUACGAGGACCAUAGGCUCGAACAUUGUUACGGGAAGAAAGGUCCUCUGUGGACAUUUGGCCCACGGAAAGGGGCGACAAUCUCAAUCGUUUUUAACCAGCCACAGCGUCUUUUGUCUGUGACCGUCCUGUCUGGACCGGAUGACCAUCCAGAUGACUUCUUGCAAAAUGCCGUACUUCGGAUUGGUCAAAAGUUUAGCGUUACAUGCACAGAUAUAUACGCCGUGCAAAUAUUCAAAUUCGGACAAGCUGACUUAGAGCUGGAUAAAGAGGCCCAAGAUAUACCCGCAAGUUGCAUACAGAUACAAACGCUGGCAGGACAAAACAACUGGUUGAUGAUAUCUGACAUCAGUGUAAGAGCAGUCGAAUCAUGACUUGUUAAUCAGCAGUAGCGACUGUACAGAGAGGUUAUUAUGUUUUACUUGGUUGCCAUGUAUUAUUUUCAGUCCGUGGAAAACUAUAUGUUCACGCAACCUAAAGGUCGAGACUUGUUUAUCGCCAUUUAUUUACCUUUCUAUGCGUAUUUCGUUUAUUUUAGGCAUUUAUGAAUGCUUUAAUACUGACUGAUUUAAUUUUCACCGUGCACUCUAUGGAAUUAAACACACUUCGUGGAAAUUACGGGUACCGCGGUGAUUUACAAAAAUAAUUGUCUGAGUCCAUAUGGUUUUAUUCAGUUAGAGUAUAUAUAAUGAGUACAUAAAAUGUGGUAUAUAAACUACUGGCUCUACAUGGGAAGUGUUUCAUGACUCAUGUGACAAAGCAGCCAGCCAAUAGAAAUAUUAGUGCUGGUAUAUUUCAAGGCUUUUGAGUGUUAUAGGAAAGGAAAUAGAACUGUUACAGGUUGGCUACUGUCACAUGACACUUCAGAUAAUCUCUGAACUGCUCACGAGUGUAAAGAGGUGUAAUUUUUUACACUUAUAGAGUGUUAUAUUUUUAGCACUUUAAUGUUUAGCGUGUACGGUCAACCUAGGCUUAGACUUCUUUUUGCAAGAUACCCCUGUUGAAUAGUUAUUUUUCAGCGACAAAGCUUAAAUUAUCUCGGUAUUGUAGAAUAAACGUCAAACACUUGCACAACUAUUGUACACCACAUAUUAAAUUGUGUCAUGCUGGCUUCCUCUCCGGCCGUAAGUGGGAAGGUCUGCCAGCAACCUGCGGAUGGUCGUGGGUUUCCCCCGGGCUCUGCCCGGUUUCCACCUCAAAUAUUCGUACAGCAUGGUAUAUCAAGAGUUGUGGAGGUAACAUCAGAUAUUUCUACAGCAUGGUAUAUCAAGAGUUUUGGAGAUAACCUCAAAUAUUCGUACAGCAUGGUAUAUGAAGAGUUGUGAAGGUAGGCUCAAAUAUUUGUACACCAUGGCAUAUCAAGAGUUGUAGAGGUAAGCUCAGAUAUUCCUACAGCAUGGUAUAUCAAGAGUUGUGGAGGUAACAUCAGAUAUUUGUACAGCAUUGUGGAGAUAUCCUCGGGCAUUGACACGGGCAUGAAAUGUCAUUAGUUGAGGAAUAUACAUUGAAACAGCUUAUUAACUUAAAGCAUUUUUAGGGUUUGGAUAGCCAAAUCUUGUAAAACUAUAUCCGAAAAAUCAUAACAAUGUAUAGUUGUUCAUUGAAGAUGGUACCUGUAUUUUUAUAGCAAAUUCCAGUUGGAGUGCUUUUUAUUUUAUUGUAUUAUAUAUUAAUAAUUUAGCUCCAAUGAUGCCCCCCCCCCCACUCCCACCCUCCGUCAGUUCCUUCGUGACAGCUCGUGUCACUGACAGCCAAUUGUAUCUUUAUGCUAGGGAAGUUUUUGAAGAAAUUGCAUCUCAACAUUGAUUUAUUUGAUAUUUAACGCAGUAGACCUACUAAUAACCUACUAAGUUUUCCCUUAUGCAAUGGCAGUUAGGUUAUAUGUCUUUGCCCGGUUUCCUCCGACCAUAUAUAAUGUUGGCGGCCGUCUUAUGAGUGAAACAUUCUUGAGUGCAGCGUAAAACACCAAUACCAUAAAAGAAAUAAAUCAAACAUUUGAAUGCAUUUAACUUUCUUAAAAAAUUGUUAAAAGGAAAGUAUUUUUAUGUAAUUUUUCACUUGUCUCUUUAAUUAAUAUUACUUUAUGUUUUAGCUUUUUUCCAUGUUAAAGCCCGCACCGAAGUUGCACUAAAUUAAUUCCAAAAUGUUUUCCUUAAAAAUGUCAUCAUCGGUUCCAUUUAGUUACUUCCCUAAGAUCAUAUUCUCACAAAAAAAUUUCACUUUCGAUGACUGCAAGCUCCCAAAACGAAAGUAGAAGUACCCAUGCGCCUCGUCACGUGAUUUCGUAGAUCCUCUUCUUUCUUGUGUGAUCUAACGGAACCUUUAGUUUUUAAAUAUACACGUACCAUGGACAGUCGUGCUGUUAUAUCCUGUGGCCUUCGUUAAUUCUGAUUGGUUUAUGUGAUUUGUACACAUACGUUACACAGAAGACGUCUGUCAUACAAUGGAGAGGUAAUUUGGUAUCCCAUGAGGUCAUGUGCAUAUUGGUAGUGUAGGUAAAAAUUCAACUUUUUCCACGGGCGAAUUUAACAGGGUCGUGUUGCUGUAUUGCAAUUUUUGUUCGUCUGUCCGUAUCUGUUUCCGAACUACAAGUCCAUUUAUUUGGCAUGUGAAAUUUAUUUUAAUCUAUCACAUAAACAGGUAUGGCUUCGUGCCUGGUCUACAACACCAGCUGUUCAGUAUACGUAGUUCAAUAGAUACAUAGGUGGCCACACACAGAGAGUUUACUUUAUGUCGGGCCUUUCCGCGGUUGCCAUGUUAACCGGAUUGCCAAUUUUCCUAUAUCUCCUAUGUAAAUACAAUAUGUUUUAUAAUGAAUUCAUCUCUUCUUCACUGCUCUGUUACAUAUACAACGGUGUCCGCUGAACGACAGGUG